CGUCGUGGUUCCACCGAGCGGCCGUCGACACAGCCGUCGCACCACCGCAGUAUCACGUUUAACGUCGCUCGCACUGCACAUCAUUACACAACAUUACUGUCCCCUCACGUUACAAUAAAUAAUUCAUAUAAAUUAUCAUAAUAUAACGUACCGGACCCGCCGCUUUUAUGCAUUCACUUAAACGGCGAUAAUUAUCGACGCGAAUCCGCCGAUAGCUAUUUAUUAUAAUUAAUAUAUACACAUAUUUUCGUUUUCUCGUCUAUUCGCGUGCACUCGUCAUCGGUAAAUAUAAUAUUAAUACCAACACGGUGGUCAUCAUGUCGUGACGGGAUCGUGGUCCAUCGUUGCCGAUCUGCAUCAGGUGACAUGAGACACGGAGCCGGUGCAGCAGUCACAGAAGCAGCGAUGCUCGUGCCACAGGACAUGCUGUCGACCCAGACUAAGAUGUCGUACCAGCUGGGCAAGUUUUGGGCGGAACGUGUGAUGACCCGGAAGACGGCAGCGGCGAAGACGAUCCGGGAGGUGUGCAAGGUGGUCCAGGACGUGCUCCGAGAGGUGGAGGCCCAGGAGCCGCGAUUCAUAUCAUCGUUAGUCGAGUGCAACGGCCGGUACGAAGGCCUGGACGUGGUAUCACCCACCGAAUUCGAGAUCGUGCUCUACCUGAACCAAAUGGGCGUGCUCAACUUCGUCGACGACGGGUCACUGCCCGGGUGCGCGGUGCUCAAACUAAGCGACGGCCGCAAGCGAAGCAUGAGCCUGUGGGUCGAGUUCAUCACUGCGUCCGGAUACCUCUCAGCUCGCAAAAUCCGGUCCCGGUUCCAGACUCUGGUGGCGCAGGCGUGCGACAAGUGUGCGUACCGGGACUCGGUCAAGAUGAUUGCCGACACCAGCGAGGUAAAGCUCCGAAUCCGCGAGCAGUACGUGGUGCAGAUCACGCCGUCAUUCAAGUGCGCGGGCAUAUGGCCCAGAUCGUCCGCACACUGGCCACUGCCGCAAAUCCCGUGGCCGCAUCCCAACCUAGUAGCCGAGGUCAAGACCGAAGGGUUCGACCUGCUGUCAAAGGAGUGCGUGACGCUGCACGGCAAGCAGUCAGCGCUAGAGGGUGACGCGUGGGUCAUGUCGUUCGUGGACGUCGAGAACCGGCUCAUGUACGGCGGCUGUCGGAAGCGGUGCUUAAGCGUGCUCAAGACGCUCAGGGACAGGCACCUGGACCUGCCUGGCAAUCCGGUCACCAAUUACCACAUCAAGACUCUGCUGCUGUACGAGUGCGAGAAACACCCGAUGGAAAUGGAAUGGGACGAACUGUGUCUGGGCGACCGCAUCAACGGUAUACUGCUGCAGCUCAUCUCGUGCCUUCAGUGCCGGCGGUGCCCGCACUACUUCCUGCCGCACGUCGACCUGUUUAAAGGCAAGGCACCGGGAAGCCUGGAGAAUGCGGCCAAGCAGACGUGGAGGCUGACCAGAGAGUUGCUCACCAAUUCCAGGGCUUUCGACAAACUGUGACCUGUGCCGCAGCCGCAGCAUCCCACGUAAACGAUAUAUUACUAAAAUAGGUACAAACGGCACGACUCUGCUUUUAUUAUAUAUACGGCGCACCGUAACUGCGUCAUCGUCUUCGUUAUAUAUUAACUCCGCCGUCAUCGCCAUCACGGGCAAGGUUUUUAUUAUGUUUUGUUAUAUAUACAUCUUUCUAUAUUAUAUUUUUUAUAUUAUUUAUUACAUUAUUUUGCUCUGUCCUUACGCCUCGCGUUCCUCUGCUGCGGAGAGACAACCGCCAACCGAACAGUGUUUGGUAUAUAUUAUUAUAUUACUGUUUUAUUAUUAUUAUUAUUAUUAUUAUUAUACUACUCGUAACGCAUACAUCACGAUAAUAUAUAACAACUAUAAUAUCCCCAUAUACUUGUUAAUUUAGUAUGCGUAUACGCGAACGCCAUAUAAUUUAUCGCUAAAGAUAUUCGAUAUGAUUUUGUUUUUUUAUGUUUUGUUUAGUUUUUUUUAUUUUUAAAUUGUUUUUAAAUAUUAUAUUGUAUACAACAACACUGUUGUUGUCUGCCUCAGAAAACGGAAUCGUUUAUAUCAUUUUUUUUCGCGAGAUUCAUAUAUUAUACUAUUAUACACAAUA